UAAUUCCAGACCGGUUGGGCAAAAUCCGCGUACGGGCACAAUAUCCCCCGUCAUUUUGGCGGGAAAGUGAAAAUCUAUCGAGGUCGAACCCUAACUAGGCGGCGCCAUGGACAAGUUCCUCCUGGCGGCGGCACCUCCUCCCGGCAAUGGACCAGCAGCGCCGCGGCCACCAACACAAAGGUGGCACCGGUGGAGCCGCAUCGCCGUGGAGCUAGAAGGGCGCAUCGAUGCCAGGUUCCGGCACCGGGAGUCGCGCCGCCUCCUCGACUCAUACGCUGAGACUAGGAGCUUCAAACACAAGUACUAUACACAUGGCGAGGAACGGUGUCAGACAUAUGUGAAUCGCAUGAUUAAUGCUUCAACUAUGGUUGGAUGUUACAAUCCAGCAAGGGAGGGGGUUUCGGCAAUGGAAUUUGAUAGAAAGGGAGUAUACCUUGCAUCCGUGACAAUCUCAGGGUGUUUAACAGUGCAUGACUUUGAGACUUUAUACUGCUCCAUGUAUGGCCCAUCAUGUAGUUUGCCAGACGACUCUUCAAACUAUCUGCUCCAUAUAUCAAACCCAAUGCCCCUUUGUUCCGUUCGAUGGAAUCCAGGAAAUCAAGAUGAGAUUGUUUGCUCUUCUAGCCAAAGGGACAAAGUUUUCCUAUUUGAUAUUGGCUAUGUCUCAGCUGCCCCGAAUGAAAUUCUACAGAUAGGGAAGUCCAAAUUUCACACUCUUUGCUCUGAAUCCCGCAAGGGUCUGACUGAUCUAGCUUUUACGUCAGAUGAUAAGUCCUGGCUAUUUGCAUCUGGCCUUGAUGGUGCAGUCUACAUGUGGGACAGGCGGCUAAGUAAGACACAUUGUCGUGAGCUUACAGCACUUCCAGAAUCCCAAUUUACCAGCAUCAAGCUAAAUAUGGACAAUAGGACAUUCUUCGGUGCAACUAAAAAUGGUACCAUGCAUGUUUGGGAUCUGCGUGGAGGGAAAGCGUCAGCUGCUUUUCAAAGCCAUAACGAGGUUCAACCGUUAUCAUCAGUGAAGAUAUCAACGUUGUUGGGCAAAAUUACAUCGCUGAAGGAACAAUCAAACAUUAUUUCAUGUGAAAUUCUGUCUAUUGACUUUAACCCUAGUUGCUCAUAUCAGUUGGCCUUUCAUCUUGAUGAUGGCUGGUCUGGAGUCCUGAAUGUUAACACCCUCAGUGUGAGUCACUUGCACUGCCCUCCUCCUGCUUGGUUAGAUGGUACGGACUCUGUGUUGCAUAAGCGGAAACCAACCUGGCUGGCGACGUCUUCAAUUUAUGCAGUUGGGUCUUCCUCCAUUAGUGGAAUGUAUGUACUGGAUUUUCAUCCAGAUACAAGCUCGGCAUGCCAUGUGGACUACAAUGAGGAAAUAAAAGGUUCUGGGGAAAAUCAACCCACUGAAAAUAAGUUUAUUCCUUUAUCCGAAAGGGUGCUUUCCUGUUCAGCCCAUCCACUCAGUGAUAGCAUAAUUGCCGGUACAGAGUUCUCAUCGUUGCUCAUGGUAUCACAAAAGAACGAGACUAUCAGAAAUCCAGAGUAGCGAGCCAGCACAUCUGGAGCUUCCUCCGAGCACAAGAAAUAUCUCCGAUUCCUGCAUUCAGAAGGCUACUCAUCCGCUUUGUCCGUCCUGCACAUAAGAAUGAUGGCAAGGGGUCUUUGCUGGUGCAAACACAGGCUUAGAAUGUCGUUGGCAGGAAGCUAGCUGGGAAAUAUCACUUUACAAGAAAAUCCAUCGAUAUAGUCGUUGUGGACAUCCAUAUAGAUGCAGUGACGCUUGUGCUUGAUCUUUCACAACGGAGUAGUUGUGGAAGGCAUGCUUCCAUUGGCCCAGCCGCCCAUAAGUCUCAUGCUUAUUUGUAAUCACUGUAGUCACCAGAAAGUGCCGUCCUCUGUAUAUGUUGGUGUUCGGUACAUGGACUUUUUGUUACCAAUUUAAUCUGUGUGGUGUACAUAAACUCUCUCGAUUUAUCAUGCUUUACAAAGCACUCGAAUUUGAAGACACUAA